CCCCUCUAGCUUUCAUCACUGCACAGGCCGCGUAGAAUUAGGGCCGCUUUUUUUGCAAGUACAAUACUUGACAAAGUUCAGUCUGACUUGGAUUGAUUUGAGGACUUCAUCUGUGCUGUAAAAUGGCAAGUUCGGUUUUUAGGACGCUGACGGCGCCCCUGCGCCACGCUGGCCGCCGUCAGCUGUCCACGGCCAAGCGGACCGUCACGCUGAUCCCGGGCGACGGCAUCGGGCCGGAGAUCAGCUCCGCCGUCCAGCAGAUAUUCGCCUCGGCCGGGGUGCCGGUGGACUGGGAGUCGGUGGACGUGACGCCGGUCCGCGGUCCAGACGGCAUCUUCGGCAUCCCCCAGUCGGCCAUCGACUCGGUCAACAAGAACAAGAUCGGCCUGAAGGGGCCGCUGAUGACACCCGUCGGCAAGGGGCACAGGUCGCUGAACCUGGCUCUGCGCAAGGAGUUUAACCUGUACGCGAAUGUACGCCCGUGCCGCUCCAUCGACGGCUACGAGACGCUGUACAAGGACGUGGAUUUGGUCACCAUCCGAGAAAACACUGAGGGCGAGUACUCGGGCAUCGAGCACGAGAUCGUGCCGGGCGUGGUCCAGAGCAUCAAGCUAAUCACCGAGCCCGCCUCCAUGCGCGUCGCAGAGUUCGCCUUCAACUACGCCAAGGCCAACGGCCGCAGCAAGGUCACGGCUGUCCACAAGGCCAACAUCAUGCGCCUGUCGGAUGGCACGUUCCUGAACUGCUGCCGGGUGGUGGCCGAACAGAACCCGGACAUUAAGUUCGAGGAGCGCUACCUGGACACGGUGUGCCUCAACAUGGUGCAGGACCCGUCGCAGUACGACGUGCUCGUCAUGCCCAACCUGUACGGCGACAUCCUGUCCGACCUGUGCGCGGGCCUGGUCGGAGGACUGGGCGUCACGCCCAGCGGCAACGUCGGCAUGGGUGGCGCCAUCUUUGAGUCGGUGCACGGCACGGCGCCGGACAUCGCUGGCCAGGACCUGGCCAACCCGACGGCGCUGCUCCUCUCGGCCGUCAUGAUGCUCAGACACAUGGAGCUGACCGACCUCGGCGACCGCAUCGAGACGGCCUGCUUCGACGUCAUCCGAGAGGGCCGCUACCGCACCGGCGACCUGGGCGGCUCGGCCAAGUGCUCCGAGUUCACCAACGCCAUCUGCGACAAGCUGUAGGAAGCGCGACUGCCGGUGUCGCCCGCAGGCGGCGCCGUAGUGCUGCAGGUAGCAACCCGAGUGAAGACAGAUCAACUCAGUGCAAUUCAAUCAGUCUCCCGUCGCAACAGUGGCCACGUCUCCACGGCUUAGGACAGUUCGCCGUCUGACCGUUGCCGCGCCGCUCCCCAUGCGGUCGCUUGCCGCGCUAUUUAUUACGGCGUUUCGCGCGGCUGGCCCGAGAUGACGCCGUUGCUCGGUUUUACUCCUCCCCAUCCUCCACCCCACCUCCCCCACCCCCCACUCAGCGAGCCGGCAGUCUGGGA